AUGCAGCGACUCCUGCUCGGCUUGGCCUUUCUUCUGCCCCUCAAGGCUGGGACAGAGGACAUCAUCAGAGGACAUGAGGCCAGGCCCCAUUCCUACCACUAUAUGGCUUUGGCUCACUUUGUGGAGGAGGAGAAUGAAGGCAGGUGUGGCAGUGUCCUCCUGAGAAAGGACUUUGUUUUGAUGGCUGCUCACUCCUGGGGAAGCUCAAUCAACGUGACCCUGGGGGCCCACAACAUUCAGGAGCAGGAGAGGACCCAACAGGUCAUGCCUGUGAGAGAAGCUGUCCACCACCUACACCAUAAUCCUAACAACCUCUUCAAUGACAUCAUGUUAUUAAAGGUAAGGGAAUCUCCCUACUCUGGAGAGAGAGAGGCUAAGCUGACUGCAGCUGUGGGGCCCUUCAGCCCGCCCAGGGGCAAGACCCAGGUGAGGCCUGGACAGGUGUGCAGCGUGGCCGGCUUGGGGAAAGUCUCAAUGGGCAUUUUAGCAACCACUCUGCAGGAAGUGAAGCUGACCGUGUGGAAGGAUGAGGUGUGUGAUUCCUGCCUCCUUGGCUAUUACAACGGGGCCACGCAGAUUUGUGUAGGGGAAGCAAAGAAGAUUAAGACUGGCUCUGAGGGGGACUCUGGGGGCCCCCUUGUCUGUGAAAAUGUGCUCCAGGGCAUUUCCUCCUAUGGAUAA